ACGUAAGAAUCCGAUAGGAACUCUGUAAAAUAUUCACCUUAAAACAUGAAUUUAGAUCAAUUCAAUGAUCUGGACCUUAACGGGCUUUUCCGAAUUGCCAACUUCACUGUGGCUGUUUUAUCGGUAUUAGCAGGAUUAUUUCAAUUGUUUGUGUCAAUUCAAUCCUUUGUUACAGGGUUAUACAUUAUUGCUUUUGGAGUAAUAAUCGGAGCUUUAGAAUUCAAAGUCCCAGCUGAAGCUUAUGCUUAUGGGUCAUUCUUGUUCUCCUUUAUCGGUAGAGGGGUCUUCUACACAUUGAUAGGUGUAAUUAUCAAUGGAAAUAGUAUUUUUAGAAUCAUUGCUUCUCUUGUUAUAUUCAUAAUAGGUUUAAUCUAUAUUGGAUUAGAAGCUGUUCCCAGCAUAUCUCCUCCAGAGAAUAUGAAUCCCGAGGGAAUCACAGUCGGAAUUAACGAUGAAGACAUUAUCUAGGAUUCCAUUUAUCAUAUUAUAUCAUAUUAUGAUAUUAGUAUUAUAAUCAUAAGAUUAGUUUAUAGUUCAGUAAUAUAUAUGUAUAUAUAUUAUAUGAGUCUAAUUUGUAUAGAUUUUCACACGUGACAUAAGCGUGACUUUCACGUGAAAAUCACGAAAAAUUAAAUAUAAUAAAUAAAUAUAUAUACAAAC